UGUUUUUGUUAUUCACAUUUGAGAAAGUCGUCACCGAAGCACGUGGUUAGAAAAUAAUCUUGUCAUCUUGUUCUCUUUGUUAAAAACGUUUGAAACGUUUAGUUUAAAAUUUUCUAAACAAUAAUAUAACCUGAAAGUUCGGAAAAGAAAUAACAAGUGUCUAAUUUGAAUAAGAAAUUAAAUAGUGAUGUUUAAAUUUGCAAAAACAGGAUGUCUUGCAUAAAAGUGCCAGUUACCCAAAGUAACUUUAUGUCACGCACAUCAGAAUCAAGUAAUGAUUUAUCUUCUAUUCAAAGUAAAAAUAAUGAUUUAAUAAAAGCAGCUAAUCGGGUUUUUGGUACUGGCUGGAGCCAUGCAAUAACAAGUUGUACAAUUGAUUUCAUCGAUCACAAUGGAAUAAACUAUUCGACAGGAUGUUAUGCGACAGUAAAAAUACAGCUGGCAAAUGGAAUGUACCACGAAGAUUGCGGAUAUUCAAAUACUGAAGCCAGUUCAAAAGGAAUGUCCGUUGAAAAAGCAAGAAUGACUUCAGUCACGAAUGCUCUCAGCAAAGUUUUAUCGUGUUUCACGGAAAUGGACGAAGAACUAAAACAUUUCAAUUCCCCAUUAAGCAUUUCAACUGUUCCGAAAACAAAGUUUCCAUUAAAGAGGCCAAAUUCACCGCUACCACCGGCAGCUCAAUCAACACCGAAAAUUACGAAAAAUUCCAUUGCUCUCUUUGAUGGUACACAAUUGAAAAAAACAGCAAAUAACGCAUCAACCCCCGACAGUGGUUUAAAAGAAUUAAGUAGCAAUGUAGAAACAGUAGAUUUAGACAGUAUUUUUGAAAAUCCGAUGCAACUAAACAUUCGUUCAAAUACCGGUUCGGCAAGUUCUUCUGUAACUUUGACCGAGGAGGAAAUGCGUCUUGAAAGAAAACGAAAACAGCGUGAAAAGCAGGAGGAAUUUAAAAAGCUGAUGAGGGAUAAAGAAGAACGGGGAAAACAUGCUUUUGAAGCACAAAAACCAAAUUCCAAAUUCUGAAUAAAAAGAAUUUAAAAAAUUCAGUUUGGAAAACUUAUAUGUAAUAUAAUAUGCAACUAUAGAUAUUUUUCUACUUUAGGUUUAGUUUAAAAAAACCAAAAACAAAAAAAAAGAAAAAAAUAGUCAUUUAUUAAAUUAUAAAAAUACUUUUUCUAAUUUUUCAUAAUUAAUCUGAUACUCAUCGAGAAUUAGCCUUUUUUUCUAUUUUUCCAUUAAAAAUAAAUUUUACAUAAAUUCGAAAUUAAUAUUUUUGUAUUCUAAAGUAUUUACAUUAUAAAAUACUCUUGUCAGAAAAAAUUUGACAGCAAAGAUUAGAAAAAGUAAAUUACUUAAUCGUCGGCAAUUUUGAGGAAAAAUUAAUAGUAAGAGAAAUCGAUUUUUUUGUUCUAAUUCUUUUUGCGUAAAUAAAAGAAAUUGUUUUUUGUAUUUAUCUUCAGGUGGCAGCACAGUAAUUUUUGAUCAUAGAAAUUUCUCUUCCGUGCAUAUAGUAUAUAUACAGAGAGAGGGAGAGAGAGAGAGAGAGAGGUCAUACAUUGAGAAAGACUGACGUCAAUAAUUUUAGACAUAUAUCGUUUAGAUUGACGUCAACGUUAUCCUCGCAAUUUCCCCCCCGAAAUGAAUCUGUAACCAUUUUUUUUUCCAUGUUUAUAUAUUUUUUUUUGUUGAAAAUAUGGAACAGGUUUAAUAAUAAUAAAAAAAUUGAAAUGUUAA